GAGAGGGCACUGGGAGGAGGCAGUGGGAGGGCGGAGGGCGGGGGCCUUCUGGGUGGGCGCCCAGGGCAGGGCAGGUGGCCGCGGCGUGGAGGCAGGGAGAAUGCGACUCUCCAAAACCCUCGUCGACAUGGACAUGGCCGACUACAGUGCUGCACUGGACCCAGCCUACACCACCCUGGAAUUUGAGAAUGUGCAGGUGUUGACGAUGGGCAAUGGUAGGUGGGGGCAGAUGUGCCCAGGUAUUUUGUUGCCGCUGCGUCUCUCCAGAUUGAGGCAUCCCCUCCGACAUCACUGGAGCAUAUCUGGAGGGGUGGACAGUUCUCCACAGGGAGACACGUCCCCAUCAGAAGGCACCAACCUCAACGCACCCAACAGCCUGGGUGUCAGCGCCCUGUGUGCCAUCUGCGGGGACCGGGCCACAGGCAAACACUACGGUGCCUCGAGCUGUGACGGCUGCAAGGGCUUCUUCCGGAGGAGCGUGCGGAAGAACCACAUGUACUCCUGCAGAUUUAGCCGGCAGUGCGUGGUGGACAAAGACAAGAGGAACCAGUGCCGCUACUGCAGGCUCAAGAAAUGCUUCCGGGCUGGCAUGAAGAAGGAAGCUGUCCAAAAUGAGCGGGACCGGAUCAGCACUCGAAGGUCAAGCUAUGAGGACAGCAGCCUGCCCUCCAUCAACGCGCUCCUGCAGGCGGAGGUCCUGUCCCGACAGAUCACCUCCCCUGUCUCCGGGAUCAACGGUGACAUUCGGGCGAAGAAGAUUGCCAGCAUCGCAGAUGUGUGUGAGUCCAUGAAGGAGCAGCUGCUGGUUCUCGUUGAGUGGGCCAAGUACAUCCCGGCUUUCUGCGAGCUCCCCCUGGACGACCAGGUGGCCCUGCUCAGAGCCCAUGCUGGCGAGCACCUGCUGCUCGGAGCCACCAAGCGAUCCAUGGUGUUCAAGGACGUGCUGCUCCUAGGCAAUGACUACAUUGUCCCUCGGCACUGCCCGGAGCUGGCGGAGAUGAGCCGGGUGUCCAUACGCAUCCUUGACGAGCUGGUGCUGCCCUUCCAGGAGCUGCAGAUCGAUGACAAUGAGUAUGCCUACCUCAAAGCCAUCAUCUUCUUUGACCCAGAUGCCAAGGGGCUGAGCGAUCCAGGGAAGAUCAAGCGGCUGCGUUCCCAGGUGCAGGUGAGCUUGGAGGACUACAUCAACGACCGCCAGUAUGACUCGCGCGGCCGCUUUGGAGAGCUGCUGCUGCUGCUGCCCACCUUGCAGAGCAUCACCUGGCAGAUGAUCGAGCAGAUCCAGUUCAUCAAGCUCUUCGGCAUGGCCAAGAUUGACAACCUGUUGCAGGAAAUGCUGCUGGGAGGGUCCUCCAGCGAUGCACCCCAUGCCCACCACCCCCUGCACCCUCACCUGAUGCAGGAACACAUGGGAACCAACGUCAUCGUUGCCAACACAAUGCCCACUCACCUCAGCAACGGACAGAUGUGUGAGUGGCCCCGACCCAGGGGACAGGCAGCCACCCCUGAGACCCCACAGCCCUCACCGCCAGGUGGCUCAGGGUCUGAGCCCUAUAAGCUCCUGCCGGGAGCCGUCGCCACAAUCGUCAAGCCCCUCUCUGCCAUCCCCCAGCCGACCAUCACCAAGCAGGAAGUUAUCUAGCAAGCCGCUGGGGCUUGGGGGCUCCACUGGCUCCCCCCAGCCCCCUAAGAGAGCACCUGGUGAUCACGUGGUCACGGCAAAGGAAGACGUGAUGCCAGGACCAGUCCCAGAGCAGGAAUGGGAAGGAUGAAGGCCCGAGAACAUGGCCUAAGGGCCACAUCCCACUGCCACCCUUGACGCCCUGCUCUGGAUAACGAGACUUUGACUUGGGGAGACCUCUACUGCCUUGGACAACUUUUCUCAUGUUGAAGGCACUGCCUUCACCUUCACCUUCAUCCAUGUCCAACCCCCGACUUCACCCCAAAGGACAGCCGUCUGGAGAUGACUUGAGGCCUUACUUAAACCCAGCUCCCUUCUUCCCUAGCCUGGUGCUUCUUCUCUCCUAGCCCCGGUCAUGGUGUCCAGACAGAGCCCUGUGUCCAGACAGAGCCCUGUGAGGCUGGGUCCAAUUGUGGCACUUGGGGCACCUUGCUCCUCCUUCUGCUGCUGCCCCCACCUCUGCUGCCUCUCUCUGCUGUCACCUUGCUCAGCCAUCCCAUCUUCUCCAACACCACCUCUCCAGAGGCCAAGGAGGCCUCGGAAACGAUUCCCCCAGUCAUUCUGGGAACAUGUUGUAAGCACUGACUGGGACCAGGCACCAGGCAGGGUCUAGAAGGCUGUGGUGAGGGAAGACGCCUUUCUCCUCCAACCCAACCGCAUCCUCCUUCUUCAGGGACUUGGGUGGGUACUUGGGUGAGGAUCCCUGAAGGCCUUCAACCAGAGAAAACAAACCCAGGUUGGCGACUGCAACAGGAACUUGGAGUGGAGAGGAAAAGCAUCAGAAAGAGGCAGACCAUCCACCAGGCCUUUGAGAAAGGGUAGAAUUCUGGCUGGUAGAGCAGGUGAGAUGGGACAUUCCAAAGAACAGCCUGAGCCAAGGCCUCGUGGUAGUAAGAAUCUAGCAAGAAUUGAGGAAGAAUGGUGUGGGAGAGGGAAGAUGAAGAGAGAGAGGGCCUGCUGGAGAGCAUAGGGUCUGGAACACCAGGCUGAGGUCCUGAUCAGCUUCAAGGAGUAUGCAGGGAGCUGGGCUUCCAGAAAAUGAACACAGCAGUUCUGCAGAGGAUGGGAGGCUGGAAGCUGGGAGGUCAGGUGGGGUGGAUGAUAUAAUGCGGGUGAGAGUAAUGAGGCUUGGGGCUGGAGAGGACAAGAUGGGUAAACCUUCACAUCAGAGUGACAUCCAGGAGGAAGAAUCUCCCAGGCCCUGUCUCAAGCUCUUCCUUACUCCCAGGCACUGUCUUAAGGCAUCUGACAUGCAUCAUCUCAUUUAAUCCUCCCUUCCUCCCUAUUAACCUAGAGAUUGUUUUUGUUUUUUAUUCUCCUCCUCCCUCCCCGCCCUCACCCGCCCCACUCCCUCCUAACCUAGAGAUUGUUACAGACGCUGAAAUUGCGUUCUAAGAGGUGAAGUGAUUCUUUUUCUGAAACUCACACAACUAGGAAGUGGCUGAGUCAGGACUUGAACCCAGGUCUCCCUGGAUCAGAACAGGAGCUCUUAACUACAGUGGCUGAAUAGCUUCUCCAAAGGCUCCCUGUGUUCUCACCGUGAUCAAGUUGAGGGGCUUCCGGCUCCCUUCUACAGCCUCAGAAACCAGACACGUUCUUCUGGGAACCCUGCCCACUCCCAGGACCAAGAUUGGCCUGAGGCUGCACUAAAAUUCACUUAGGGUCGAGCAUCCUGUUUGCUGAUAAAUAUUAAGGAGAAUUCAUGACUCUUGACAGCUUUUCUCUCUUCACUCCCCAAGUCUAGGGGAGGGGUGGCAGGGGUCUGUUUCCUGGAAGUCAGGCUCAUCUGGCCUGUUGGCAUGGGGGUGGGACAGUGUGCACAGUGUGGGGGCAGGGGAGGGCUAAGCAGGCCUGGGUUUGAGGGCUGCUCCAGAGACCGUCACUCAAGGUGCAUUCUGGAAGCAUUAGACCCCAGGAUGGAGCGACCAGCAUGUCAUCCAUGUGGAAUCUUAGUGGCUUUGAGGACAUUCUGGAAAAUGCCACUGACCAGUGUGAACAAAAGGGAUGUGUUAUGGGGCUGGAGGUGUGAUUAGGUAGGAGGGAAACUGUUGGACCGACUCCUGCCCCCUGCUCAACACUGACCCCUCUGAGUGGUUGGAGGCAGUGCCCCAGUGCCCAGAAAUCCCACCAUUAGUGAUUGUUUUUUAUGAGAAAGAGGCGUGGAGAAGUACUGGGGCAAUGUGUCAGGGAGGAAUCACCACAUCCCUACGGCAGUCCCAGCCAAGCCCCCAAUCCCAGUGGAGACUGCACCCUGCUCAGAGCUCCCAAGCCUUACCCCACCACCUCACUCAAGUGCCCCUGAAAUCCCUGCCAGACAGCUCAGCCUGGUCUGCGGUAAGGCAGGGAGGCUGGAACCAUUUCUGGGCAUUGUGGUCAUUCCCGCUGUGUUCCUCCACCUCCUCCCUCCAGCGUUGCUCAGACCUCUGUCUUGGGAGAAAGGUUGAGAUAAGAAUGUCCCAUGGAGUGCUGUGGGCAACAGUGGCCCUUCAUGGGAACAAUCUGUUGGAGCAGGGGGUCAGUUCUCUGCUGGGAAUCUACCCCUUUCUGGAGGAGAAACCCAUUCCACCUUAAUAACUUUAUUGUAAUGUGAGAAACACAAAACAAAGUUUACUUUUUUGACUCUAAGCUGACAUGAUAUUAGAAAAUCUCUCGCUCUCUUUUUUUUUUUUUGGCUACUUGAGUUGUGGUCCUAAAACAUAAAAUCUGAUGGACUGACAGAGGGUUGCUGGGGGGACAAGCGUGGGCACAAUUUCCCCACCAAGACACCCUGAUCUUCAGGCAGGUCUCAGGAGCUUCUAAAAAUCCGCAUGGCUCUCCUGAGAGUGGACAGAGGAGAGGAGAGGGUCAGAAAUGAACGCUCUUCUAUUUCUUGUCAUUAACAAGCCAAUUACUUUUGCCAAAUUUUUCUGUGAUCUGCCCUGAUUAAGAUGAAUUGUGAAAUUUACAUCAAGCAAUUAUCAAAGCGGGCUGGGUCCCAUCAGAGCGACCCACAUCUUUCUGUGGCUGUGAAUGUCAUUAGGUCCUGCGCUGAUCCCUGAGCCCCCAUCACUGCCGCCUGAUGGGGCAAAGAAACAAAAAACAUUUCUUACUCUUCUGUGUUUUAACAAAAGUUUAUAAAACAAAAUAAAUGGCGCAUAUGUUUUCUAA